CACCCAUCCUCAUUUCUUCGAGAUAUUUUAGAAGAAAAAGAAGAUUUUUUUUCUUCAUUUUCUGGUUCUUAAUUUUAUUCGAAAACAAUCAGAACGAUGGAUGAUUACACGAGGGAGAUGAUGGAUUUGAAAACGCUAGUUACCCGAACCCUAGAGAAGAAAGGUGUUCUGGCUAAGAUCCGGGCUGAACUCAGGGCAAGUGUCUUUGAGGCAAUAGAAGAGGAGGAUCGUGUUAUUGAAAAAGAAGAAGGUUUACCUCCUGCAUUACUGGGAAGUUGCAAUGACCGUGCUAAACAACUUCAUGCUUCUCCUUCUGGAAGAUUGUUAACUGCACUAGUAUGCGAGUAUUUGGAUUGGGCACAACUAAACCAUACUCUGAAAGUUUAUCAACCUGAGUGUAAUUUGCAAAAAGACUCUUGGAAAACUGAGUUGAAAGACUUUAGUGGCAAAAAUGGUUAUGAUCUUAACAGAAAUGGAGAUAGUGGACCCUUGCUUCUGGAUGUUCUUGAAGGUUUCUUGAAGUUUGAGAACUUAUCCCGAUCAAGAGGAACUGGAAGGAGAUCACACGAAAUUGAGUCUUCAUCUAGUUCAGAGAAUCGCAACACAAGAAGACCCUCAUCAUCUGCUGUUGCUGGGGGCUUGCCUCCAUUAGGCAGGCCGGUCUCUGUUUCCCAGUCAUCUGAUAGGAGAGCAGGCUCCUCCAUGUCUGGUUACAGGAAAGAUGAGUAUAGUUGGAGGUAUGAUGAUGAUCUCUCAGAAGAUGUGAUUCGAACUUCAACUGCCCUUGAAAAUCUUCAGUUGGACAGAAAGGCCAGAAAUUUAACUUCUUCUUGGCGGCAUGCUGGGGAUGGAAUCAGUGGGGACGACGAUAAGGUUGGUCAUAUGUAGCUGAAUGACAUGUAUCCCAUUCCGGCAAAGCCUAGUUCGGUUUCUGUUUUGGAGUUUUUCACCCAUAAAAGUUCUUCUUAACUACAAAAAUUGGGCAGUGAAGUUAUCGUGUAAGUUUUUAUAUCUAUAUAUGUUUGUGAUGUGAUUUAGGCCAUAUCUUUUGAGCAUUAUUUG